UUCAAACAAGAGUCUCAUGUCAACCAUCACAAUGGAAUCUCAAGGUCUCCCGCCCAUUCGGGCCUGUCUAUUUGACAUGGACGGCCUUCUGAUCAAUUCAGAGGACCUCUACACCUUGGUCGUGAACAAGAUUUUACACGAAUACGGCAAACCAUCACUACCUUGGUCCAUAAAGGCGCAAUUGCAAGGUCGGCCUAUGCCUGAGGCCGCCAAUAUAUUCCAUGAAUGGGCUCGGCUCCCCAUCUCCCAUGCCGAAUACAUUACUAAACUCUCAGCUCUUCAACUCCAACAUUUUCCUACCACCGAACCUCUCCCCGGGGCUUUAGACCUUGUGAAAAGCCUGGCAAAAACCGCCAACACAAAAAAUCCAGUACACAUUGCCCUCGCAACAUCCUCCCACAGUAGGAAUUACACGCUUAAAACAGCUCAUUUAGACGAACUAUUCUCUCAGUUCCCAUCUUCUAGAAUUAUCCUUGGAGACGACCCUAGAAUCGGCCACGGGCGUGGGAAGCCUAGACCCGAUAUCUAUUUGCUAGCCCUAGAAGUCAUAAAUAAGGAGCUUCGCGAGAGCAGAUGUGGAGAGCCUGAGAUCAAGCCAGAAGAGUGCCUUGUUUUCGAAGAUAGCGUGCCUGGUGUUGAGGCUGGGAGGAGGGCUGGAAUGAGAGUUGUUUGGUGUCCGCAUGAAGGCCUGCUGAAGGAAUACAGCGAAAGGAUAGAAGAGGUCCUAGCCGGCUCGACAGGUGAACAUAAGGAUCUCGAUUCCAUCGAUGGAGUUAUUAAUGGUGUUAUUGGGACUGAGCCAUGGAGGGCUGUUGGAGCAGGCAAGCCUGGACUCAUCGGAGACGGCUGGGGUCAGCUUCUCCAGAGCUUGGAGGUUUUCCCAUACGAGAAAUACGGGAUUCAGGCUCCUGCAAUAUAAUUCUUGGAUUACUUGUAUAGAUCUAGAGCCCAAUAUCCAAUUCUGUUUAAUACCAGUG